AGUGGAUUUGCGGGCUCUCCAUAAGCGCACUACAGUCUAAUCCGACAUCAGAAUUUAGGGAUUUGCACGUCGAGUUUACUUCUGAUUAGAAUAGGAAACAGUCGAGUUUACUUCCGAUUAGAAUAGGAAACAAGUCUGAUUAUUAUCUGAUUAAUACUAUCAUGCAUGCGCUACUCGUGCUUCCUAGGGAUCCUCCAUGCAGCUCCAGAUUUUCUUUUGCUUCCUCCCCACGGCUCGAUGCUGCCCACCAGUAACGCCAUGUAUCCUGGCCAAGGACAGCGACAGCCUAGUAGGGCUCCCAAUGACCUGCCAAACCAAUUUAGUCCAGCGACACACCACGGAACUGAGCCAGAGCCUUACAGGGGUUCCUCCCUCGGCCUUUUGAACCACCGCUUGCCCCGGCGUGACGAUUUUUUUAGUGCUGGGAUGGGGGGACAACAGGACGGACCUGUUACACAAACACCUGCGCCUGGAUCCUUUCAGCAUCACCAGCAGGAUGUCCACCCAAACCCGGGCCCUUCGCAGUCGAGUUCACCCGAGAUGGGGAUGAUACCGCUGUAUCCCUACCGAGCUGCAGCAACUCCACAGAUGGCUACACCGCACCUAGGUCGGACUCCGACGCCGUUCUCUGGAAGCCAGACAUCGUCUCGAGGACAGUCUGUGGGUCCGGUGACGCAGCACGGCGGGACGGAUGGCUAUAAUCAGCCCCAGAACUACAGCGGCCAACCGACCUAGACAAUACUCAGGGGUGGAGAGAUUAGACUCACACCUAUAGGGGUCCAGGAACCAAUUAGUACUUAUGUCGCAUUAACGAAAAAAAGCC